UACUUACACCUCGCUGGUUUGUUAAAUAUUAAAAGGUUGACUUUUGAAACAAAGCUGAAUAAGACUGGAAAUAUAGUUUCAUCUGAUAUCUCAAAAGAAAGUUCUGAAAAAGCUUUUAAGGAUUUUGUGGUAACGGGAGUGAAUUUGGAACAAAGUAAGUGCGUAAUGUCUAACCUUAAAAACAAUAUAUUUUGACUACGUACAAGAGGAGAUGUAGUUCGUAAGGGAUAUUUCUACGUAUGCAUUGGUGUUAUGAAUAAACAUCGGCACGCUUAUUCUGUUCAUUCAUUUUUUCCAUAUGGUAAAUAUCUUUUACCAUUUCUGUGGAGUUUUUGUCCUUUUCUUUUAGUCUUUGCAUAAUCUAGCUAUAGGCCAUAUCUAUAAAUACUUCCUUCCUGAAAAAAAUCCCAUACAUCUGAAGAAGAAAUUCCUCUCCCUUUAGUUUUACUUAACACCUUAAUUACAUCUGUGAGAUGGAACUAUAGCUUCCCUACAAAGGCUUUGGUUGACUAAAGAGUUAAAUGACCGAUUAUAUCAUGCUUUUACUCCUUAGAAUUAUUUUCAUAACCUAUCACGUAGUUAGUCAUAUCUAGAAUGUUAUGACUCCUUCUUAACCAUAAUAAUAUUUCCCUUCUUUGGUAAAUGGGGAAAGAUACUAAAAGCCAAACACAGGAAAUACAAGAUUUUUAAAGAAAUAAACAAAUACUAACUCAAUGCCAUUCGUAUCCUCGCUUCCUAGAGCAACCAGCAACGCAUGGAUGGGAAAUACUGGUCCUUCCUUCUUAGUUUUGGAAUAUGUUUGAUGAUAUGUGCAUCUGUUACUGGUCGUCUGGCGCUGAAAAAGGGUUAGACUAUCACACUGACUUCUUAACAUUUUCAGGCUCAAGAUCUCAUCAAUAAUUCUCUUUACUGACUUCCAUACAAUUCUUAUAAUGUUAGUUCGGAGAACUUGGUAUUGGAUCGACUGAUAAUCCCUUUAAUGAAUUUUUUUCUUCUUUGUUCUCAUCACUUGUGUGCAUGAUAUUGUAAAGAGAAAUUAUAUCUUGGUCACUCGUGGGAGUUAAAUGAUCUAAUUUAAUUAUAAUCAGACAACAACAAAUCGUUUCACGUUUUACAUUUACAAUUAAAACAGUUAUAUCACAUCUUAGGGAAACGUUUCAAGACAGCUUAAUAUGCGGGUCAACCUAACACAUUACUAAUCGAUUUUUGACAUACAAGACCGACUUUGUUUCAGUGAACACCAAGAGGGAACUUUGUUACUAUAGAAUAGUAAUGAUUAUUUUUGCUGAAAUUCCGCCUUGUAAGACUUGAAUGCAUUUGCAGUUUGGCUCCUUAUAGCUCCUGGUUUCCAUAUAAUAGCCCAGAUCACCUCCAUCAUGCCAGUUUUUAAAACAUUAGGAAUUAUGUGAUUGAUCGUAUGGAAACCGCGGCUGAAGCCCAACUCAGAUAUAUGCUAAUCUGACCAGCAAAAAAACUUCCAUUGCUGUUCCUAUUAUUCUCCAUACGUUAUUCUUGGAACCUAAAUCUUCCUUGCCUGAUUACAAGUCAUUGCUUUUAUUCCAGAUAUCAGAAGAAACGCCUCUCCUUGUGGCUCCGAUUGCCCUUCGUACUGUUUUCCUGAAUGCUUGCCCGAUUGUUGUAACUUCUUCCAGUACUACACACCUGCACCACCUCCACCCCCUCCUCCACCUCAGCCCGGACCCCCCGGGCCUGAUGGUCCAGUUGGUCCUAGUGGACCACCAGGGCCGGAUGGACCAAAGGGAAUACCCGGACCACCCGGUCCUCCGGGGCCUCCUGGAUUCCCCGGAGCUCCAGGUAGUCCGGCUGGCUCUCCAGGUAAGUUGCGGCGAUCUUGAAAGAAAUUAUCACAGUAAAUUGAGAAAGGUUUUUGGAAGCUUGUGGAAAACGAGCAAACAUAAAAAUGUAAACAACAUGACGUACAAAUCAAUGAACAAAAACAAAAUCAAAAUUCAACUACUUAAAAUUAGUGCUGAUAAUACAUUUGGGGUCCAUUACAUUAGUAAAUUAACGGUUUCGACACCCUUUGUCAGCGAAAGUGUCUAAUGUCAGUGCCACGUUCCUGUUACUAAUCGGUGACUUAUAGUCUUGGUUAAGAGCUAAGGAUGAUCAGUCAUGGCAUUACGAACUAAUACACGCUCUUGCUCUAUACAUUCAAAGGAACACCGGGACCCUCUGGAAAUCCAGGACAACCUGGAAGUUUGGGAGAACCUGGCGAUAUGGGUCCUAUUGGCCCCCCUGGGCCCCUGGGUCCGCCAGCCGCCCCUGGCCCUUCAGGUAAUCCUUCUUCUUUAGCAUUUGUAAUUUUGCCUCUUGUUCGACAUUCGAUCAAGCUAACUGUUAUCCAAGGUCAGUUUGAUCAGCUUAUUUGGCAGGGUUUUUGAGCAAACAUUGUAAACAAUGUACGUAUCAAAAUUCUGCACAAUCAGUUGAAAAAAAAGUUUUUGUCGAGUUGUUGAUCCAGAUAUUUUAUAGGUUAGUAAAAAUGUCCUCUUCUGUUUGUUUGUUUGUUUGUUUUUUUUUCAAUUUUUUUUUGUACAUUUCGAAUCUAAAGGGCUUAUGGAUAGAAGCCAAAGUUAAGUUAACAACUUUAAAUAUUUCGCAAACGCUACUGCAAAAUUACAACGCAAGUACGGGGUCAUUUCAGUACAUAUUUUGUGCCUUAUUACAUCCAUUUUGAAAUCACAAGGGAUCCUUUCAAUCUGCUUGGCUAUCAUUAGCACUAAUCAUUCACGAAUCGAACGAAUUUUUACUCUAAAUUGCAUCUUUUCCCCAGCAAAUGAGAGACCCUCACUACAACACAACAUCCAAUCAGAUUUCAAGGCUUGUUUGAAGUAACCAAUCAAAUUAGAGAAAAAUGAAGAACAACUUUUGCAAUUUUUUACGAACCAGCUCACUACUGCUGAGAUCAUAAAAUAUUUGCAUAGUUAAUCCUGUAUUUGAGGGACUGGAUAUUUACAUUUUAAAAUGGAUGCCAAUAGAGUGGUUACUGGACUAAGUGUUAGGCAAUUUUGGUCUGAAAUCAUACUCAUGGUUUCCAAUCAAACUCGCGCUGCGCGCUCGUUCUAUUUUGAAAUCACUCGUAUGAUUUCAGACCAAAUUGCACUCCACUCAGUUCAAUCAUCGACAUUUCCUUAAGCAAAGAACUCUUUAACAAAGCCAAACCACACUACGAAAGUGCACUUAAACAAAGUGGACACGACGAAGAAUUAAUCUACAUUGAAGGCAAGAAACCUGUAACUCACACCGUACAGAACAGCCGCAAGAACAGACAAAGAAACAUAAUUUGGUUUAAUCCGCCCUACAGCAUGAACGUACAAACAAACAUCGGCAGAGAGUUUCUAAACCUCGUCAGUAAACAUUUUCCGAAAAAUCACUGGUACAGCAAAAUUUUAAACAAAAACAACAUGAAAGGUAGCUAUAGCUGCACAGACAACCUACAAACCAUAAUUAAGAAACACAACAGAAAAAUCUACGAGACAAGCAAGACACCCUUCACGGAAAACAAAUAUAACUGCAGGAAAAAAACGACUGCCCUCUGAAAAACAACUGUCCAACUUCAAGCGUCGUUUACAACGCCAACGUAACAACUGAAAAUGACACAACCGGAAAGAAUUACAUUGGACUAACUGAAGGAACUUUUAAACAACGUUACACGCAACACAAACUUUCUUUUCGGAACAGAAACUAUUCAAACAGCACGGAACUAUCAAAGCAUAUCUGGACACUCAAAGACAACAACACCAAUUUUACAAUUAACUGGAGUAUUUUGGCGACCACCCCGGCCUACAGCAACAAAAACAAGCGGUGCCACUUGUGCCUCACACAAAAACUUAUUUAGUUAGAGCUAAGAAGCCGUCUUUAUUAAACAAAAGAACAGAACUCAUUUCUAAAUGCCGCCACGAGAAAAAUUUUUUUUUUACCAAAUUUCACAAGCCGCCAACAAUAGCUCUAUAGAAUCUUUAUUUCACAUGUAGAUCAGAUCAUCACAUUUGUGAAUUAAUUAGCUACUUAUCUAAUUUGUAUAUAAGGAGGUAUGUUCUUCACUGAAUAAAGUUCUGUCUGACGAGCGCUUAGGCGCGAAACUCAGAGUAACAGAGAAUCGAUGCGUCCUCUUUGAUUCUUUCCCUUAUAUAUUCUCCGCUCUGCUACCACAGCAUUGACCACUUUAUGCCAAGGUAGACUCUACCCCCACAUUUAUAUAUAUAUAGAUAUAUAUAUUUUUUCCCAUUCAAUCAGGACCAAAAGGACCAAAUGGUGAUAAUGGACCUGCGGGAGCAAUGGGGCAUCCAGGGGAAAUGGGAGAUCCGGGCUUGGCAGGACCACCUGGUCCCCCUGGACCACCCGGACUUCCAGGAAUUCCAGCCACCUCUCCUCCUCCAACAUGUCCUGAGAUUUGUGAGACAAUCUGUGUAAGUACAUGCCCAAGCGACUGUUGUUCAAGAGCUGGUGUACCAAGUGCAGAUGGUGAGUUGGUCGAUGGUCGGUUGUAUUAUAAUUUCGUACCUAAAAAUAAAUGUAGUGUUUCAUUGCCGCGAUCCAUCUCCUAAAGAGAGGUGAAACGAAUAAGGAAAAUGCUCAAAUGCUGAUUUUGUUAGGUUCUUUAAAAACCUUAAGAGAGGAUGUCAGCAUCCAUCGAACAAAUUUGAAAUAUUGUGGUGGGUCGCCCAAAAUUCGUUUUCCCUCCUACUUUCAUAUUUUGUAGCCCAAUAUGUUCUAAUAAUUGUGGUGUAGUUUUUUUUUCGUUCGACCGCUCAAAUAUGCAAAUUUUCACCGUGAAUAUUAACCGAGUUGUGUGACCUCAUGUAACGAUUCCACUCGACCUCCGGCGUAUCUGUCAACAUAAUACUUUGUUUUAUCAUCUAAACUUAAUCUCCUGUCUCUAUUGAAGCUGGCAAAGAGAUAUUUAUUUUUUGGUGAAUAUUUUUGUCCGACAUACUUUUGCUGUGGCGAAAAGUAGCAUCAAAACAAAGACAGUUUUAACAAUGACCGAUAUGACCGAUAUGACCGAUAUUACCAUAAAAUUUCCUUGUGUAUUUGUAUUGUUCUAUCUUGAGACGAACUCAAAGUCCACCAAAAUUUACUUGAUAGUGACUAUGAAAUAUACAUGGUGUGCCUACUUGUCGCUACCGUUAACUGGCACAAAUCGCUACAAUUUGUAAAAAAAUCUAACGUAGCACUCUUACCUUGUUUAAUAAUACCAUGAAAUUGCGAUAGGUCAUGUGGGAGCAAUGGGAAGUCCAGGGGACCCAGGAGCAGCUGGGGAACCCGGAACUCCCGGUCUCCCUGGAGCACCAGCCACAGUAACAUCUUACGAAGCCCCAGGUGGUACACCAGGUCAGGCAGGUAAGAACUUUAGACUCUUGAAAUAGAAUUCAGUACUUAAUCAUGAUAAUGUUGAAGAUAACGACAGUGACUGAGGAAAAGUCGACAACAAUACAAAGAAAAGGACACUAUCGAUGACGAUAGUGAUGAAUCGAAAACUAUUCCUGUCUUUUGUAAUAGAAGACGCAUCAUAAGGGCAGGUCGUGAAACAAACUCUUGUUUACGUUUAUUUGUGUUGCCUCAGAGCAAAAGUUGUUUCCAGAAACCAUGUAAUAUUCACCUUGGUCCCAAGCCUACCCAUUUAAAAAAACCUCUUUUCAAAUGUGUUCCAGGUUUUUAUUAUGGACGCCGACACUUUAAGAACAGCUAAGUAAUUCGGCAGCACAUUCUUACCUAAAAAACAAGGUUCAUAAACAGCCUGUGGGCGCCCCUGAUAUUGCUGAAAAUUUUCAGGAUGCCCUUUUGAUGAAUUUCAAAUUCUUCAAGCAGUUCGCCAAUUAGUAAAUAGCGGACGAGUUGCUGGACGAGAUUCAAAAUGGAGGCGUCGAUAGUCGAUAUGUAACUCUUCGCAACCUCAAAAUGCAGUUGUAGCCAUAAUUUCAUGCACAUUUUGUUAUAUGGAGAUGAAAAAGAUGUUGUGUCGUUACGCGCACAGCCCCCUUAAACCACUCUUUUCAAAUAUUUUAAACUUUGGGGCGAUGGAAAUGAGACGAGUUGUUUGUUCGUGAAAGAUGAAAGUCUACAAGGUCAAAGGUCAAACUGACAACGACCGUAGCUCAUACCUGAACUUUCCCUCCGAACUAGGUGUUCAAGGACCACAAGGCCCACAAGGAGCAAGCGGAGCCAUGGGGGCUAUGGGAAGUCCGGGAAAUCCAGGGGAAGCUGGGGCAGCCGGACUUCCGGGUCCUCCGGGUCCACCGGGUCUACCUGGGGUACCAGCGGGAACUUCCACAAAUGACAAUGCCUCAACGGGUGUGCCAGGUCCUGCAGGUCAGAGGUUGAAUAAAAUCUUAAGUGACUUGAAAGAAAGUAACGACUACGUUCUGAAAUAUUUUCUCUAGUUCCAGUUGUUCUAGAAUUUUUAAAAUACUAAUUUAUUUUCCCUAAUUUAUGUUAUUACCUUUAGGACCUCAAGGACCUCAAGGUCCUCAAGGGGCAAUCGGGGCCAUGGGAGCAAGGGGAAAACAGGGAGAUCCCGGUGCUGCCGGACAAGCAGGACCUCCGGGUCCACCAGGGCCUCCAGGUCCCCCCGCUGGGGCACAAGCAUCAACACCUGCAGCCUAUGGUGCACCAACAGGUACACCCGGUCAACCUGGUAAGGAAGUUUGAAUUACAUAAGAAUGAUUUCAAGAGAUUUCCUGAUUGGCCAUACAAGUUUUAUAUUGGUUUUCUUUUUCUUUUUCUUUUUAAACCCAUGGUUAAACAGGUUUAUGAUAUUAAUUACGAUCUAUCAUUAACAAUUAAAACUUCCAUUAGGACUUCAGGGGCCCCAAGGUCCUCAAGGGGCAAUGGGGGCCAUGGUAGCUAGGGGAAAACAGGGAGAUCCCGGUGCUGCCGGACAAGCAGGAACUCCGGGUCCACCAGGACCACCAGGUCCCCCCGCUGGGGCACAAGCGUCUACGCCUGCAGCUUAUGGUGCACCAACAGGUACACCAGGCCAACCUGGUAAGAACGUUUGAACUACAUACGAAUUAUUUCAAGCAAUAUCCUGAUUACCUAAUAUAUGUGUCAUGUUGGUUUUUUCUUUUUCAACUCAUGUUAAAAUAGGGUUAUGAUAUCAAUUGCAGUAUAUUAUUAACAAUAAAAAGUUCCAUUAGGACUUCAGGGGCCCCAAGGUCCUCAAGGGGCAAUGGGGGCCAUGGGAGCUAGGGGAAAACAGGGAGAUCCCGGUGCUGCCGGACAAGCAGGACCUCCGGGUCCACCAGGGCCACCAGGUCCCCCCGCUGGGGCACAAGCGUCGACGCCUGCAGCUUAUGGUGCACCAACAGGUACACCAGGCCAACCUGGUAAGAAAGGUUAUCUUCUAUCAAAAUUGGUUGAAAGACUUGCGAAUUGUGUGUUUAGUGUUCCUAAUUAAAAGUUCAAUUUGAAAAUGAUUUACCGUGUCAUUUAACCUAAUAGUGACAAUCAAAAACUAAUAAUUAGCAUGAUUGUGAGAGAAGGACUUUAAUUAUUUCAUACGUAAAAAGUGACAUAAAAAAUGAUUAAAAAACAAAAACAAGGAAUAGCAGACUGUCCCAAUAGUAUAUUGCUUUAAGUCAUGUUCAAAUAAGUAUCUUAUAAUCCGUCGUGGAAAAUGUCACAGGCCAUCCUCAUUUCUAUCCCUAGAAAUUGAGCGCAACUUCUAAUCUGCUAUCUGAGAAUCACUAAGUCGUUGAAAGAUUUUGCUGAAAAAACAGCUCUGGAUUUAUGGAUUUUUCAAUGUUUCUCACGGCAUCAUUUUAACAUAAUCAACUAUACUUCACUUCUGACAGGUCUACAGGGACCAUCAGGGCCCCAGGGAGCAAUGGGAGCCAUGGGAGCCCCAGGAAAACAGGGAGACCCUGGAGCCGCCGGACAAUCAGGACCUUCAGGCCCACCAGGCCCUCCUGAGGUACCAGCGGCUACACCUGCAGUUUAUAGUGCCCCAGCUGGUGCACAAGGACCGACAGGUUAGACUCGAAACACGACUUCUGGAAAUUAAUGGAGCACACUGAUACGGAUCAAACCAAAAGACAGAAUUCCGGAUAAUGAGAUUUUCGAUCGAGAGUUGAACGAAAAGAACCCAUGGUAAACGGCUUCAAACAUGUCGAAACUGGUUUAAGAGUUUGAGUUAUCUUUGAGUUAUCUUAAGACCAAUCUGAAAGCAUUACAAUCAGAACUGCAGAAAUUUCAUUUUCACUUACUUUCGACAUUCAGUAAACCCACCCAAGUUCUAAAUUUCUAAUUGACUUUAGUGAUCUAUAGAAGAUUUGAUUUUUUUAUAUCUGGCAGAAUAAAUACGAGUAAAAGUAUAGUCUCUCUUGAGACGUUUUGACUGCAAAGUUAGUCAACUUAAGCAUUUUUCCUUUACAAAUAUGAUGACCAAUAGCCAACUCAUGAUUAGCUCGCUCCGCAAGGAAGCGAUUUUGCUUCCACGAGAAGUCCCUUUUUUUCGCAACAUACGUUUCUGAAAAGUAUAUUGGUCAUUAGGAUGUUUAAAAAGGUCAUACCUACUAAGUAUGGUGAACUAGCGCACAACUAAGAAUGAAUAAAUUAUUUUCAAAUAAACAAAAGUUGAUGAUCAUUUUCAAAAUGCUUUGUUUUCCAGGACUCCAAGGACCUAAGGGCCCCCAAGGUACCAUGGGAACUCCCGGGACGAUGGGACAGCCAGGGGACCAAGGAGCCGCUGGACCUCCAGGACCCCCAGGGCCACCCGGGCCUCCAGGAGUGCCGGCGGCGGAUGUUGCACCCGUUUGCCCGGCGAUUUGUGAUAAAUUAUGUGUUGGUAUUUGCCCUACAAAUAAUUGUUGCAAAAAGUCAAAAAUCCCAAUCAAGAAGGUGCAGAUUUUAAACAAAGGAAGCAUCAUACCCGUAAAAGCUGCAAGCGCUACUCAAGGAAAGGAAGGCGUGCAAGGUGAGAAGACUCAGAGAGGAAGACUGAUUCAAGGAAAAAACCCCAGUCAGAAUAUCAAAAGAAGCAAAAUAAGGCAUAAAAAUAGUAUCUAGGAUCAAUAUAGUUAUGCGAAGAUUCUCAUAAUAUUGAACAAUCUUGAAAUCGUCUCAAAUGUAUUGUACAUUAAAUACUUUAUUACAUACCCCUAC